AGUGAAAUUUAUUAUUAGUGAGUUCAUUUUGUUUGAAUCCAUUAUUUUGGUAUUUAGAAAAUGGGUAGAUCUUAGUGUCAGACAAACCUGUGGUCUCAUUCCGGCCCUGUUUCCUGUGAAACCUUGACCACCUCUCUGCUUCACUUUUCUUACCUGUAAAAUGUAGUUUGUAUUUACCUUAAUUAAUUUAUAGUAAUCAGAAUUCUUAGUUGUCAGUCACCAAAGUCCAUUAAAACUGACUUCAGCAAAACAGAUAUUUAUAGGCUUCUAUGGGUUGCUGGAAGGAACAGGAUUGAAGGAAGAAUUCCCCGGGCAGUUCCAGGGACAUCAAGGACUGGGGACUCUUCCUCUUCUGCUGUAGACAGGCUUUGUUCCUGGGGUCUUUCAACUUCUUGUAGUGUUUCAUCUCUAAUCUCAGGUAGAAAAUUCUAGAAAAAGGCUCUCAUUGGACUUGCAUCACACACCCAUCCUUGCAUCAGCCAAUGUUGCCUGGGAUGGGGGCCUCUGGUUCUCUGGGCUGUGUUCCUUGCACAUCCAUACUGCAGACAGAAUCCCAUGACUGGCGCUGGAGAGGAGUGCUGCGCCAGUGGAGAGGAAUGCUUGGGAGGUAGUGGCUCUUCCACACAGAGGGACUCUCUGAAGGUGCGCAGUGUGGACAGACUGUAUUUAAGGUAUUCAAUCUAAAGCACUUAUCUUAAAGCACUGACCAGAUGUCAGUACUUCAGAAGGAGUUAAACCAUGCUCUGGCUUUUUAGAUACUCUGGGUGAUUAAAUUCUCACAUUUCACUGAUGACAGCGAUUAUCAAGAUUUCAUCCCAUUGAGGCUGUACAGCAUAUCGGUAGUAGGGAACCAAGAAACUACCAGGCAUUUCAGUGAUACCAUUUCUGGACUCGUCAUACCCUUACUGUGAAUGACUGUUAACUGGGAGGUAGUCACCUUACUUUCCUUUUCAGAUCUGGUCAGGCCAUCAAGUUAUGGUUUCUGCUGGGUCCCAGGAACACUAACUAGUAGGAUAUACUGAAAAUGUAGAGUGGGAAGAGUCAGGGCUUUGGAAACAGACUUCAGCUUUGCCACUCACUGGCUGUGUUAACCUUGAACACGUUUCCUCAUCAGUUACAAAGAGGUGUAAAGAUUUCUCUCUGUGUUACUGGAAUCCCUAUUGGAUGCUGCCCUCUGAUGUUUGUGGAAUGAACUGCUUUUGGGAAGCGGCUUUUAGGUAUAGUCUGAAAAUGCAGCCCGUUGAGAGAGUGCACCUAGCCGUAGUUGCCUGUGGGGAAAGACUGGAAGAAACUCUAACCAUGUUGAAGUCAGCACUUAUCUUCAGCAUCAAACCUCUUCAGUUCCAUAUUUUUGCUGAAGAUCAACUGCAUGAUAGUUUUAAAGGCAUACUUAACAGCUGGUCAUUUCUACAAACAUUUAAUUAUUCAUUAUACCCGAUAACUUUUCCAAGUGAGAAUGCAGCAGAAUGGAAAAAGCUCUUUAAACCGUGUGCUUCCCAGAGAUUGUUCUUGCCAUUAAUCCUGAAAGAAGUUGACUCACUAUUGUAUGUCGACACUGAUAUCCUUUUUUUACGGCCCGUUGAUGAUAUUUGGUCUUUACUAAAGAAAUUUAAUUCCACACAAAUUGCUGCAAUGGCACCAGAACAUGAAGAGCCUCGAAUAGGCUGGUAUAAUCGCUUUGCCAGACAUCCAUACUAUGGAAAAACUGGAGUGAACUCUGGAGUUAUGUUGAUGAACAUGACCAGAAUGAGAAGGAAGUAUUUCAAGAAUGAUAUGACCUCUGUGCGACUACGAUGGGGAGAUAUACUUAUGCCAUUGCUUAAAAAAUACAAACUGAACAUCACAUGGGGUGAUCAAGAUCUGUUGAAUAUCAUAUUUUUUCAUAAUCCAGAAAGCCUUUUUGUUUUUCCGUGUCAAUGGAAUUAUCGACCAGAUCAUUGCAUAUAUGGAAGCAAUUGCCAAGAAGCCGAAGAAGAAGGAAUCUUUAUUCUUCAUGGGAACAGAGGUGUUUACCAUGAUGAUAAGCAACCAGCAUUUAGAGCUAUUUAUGAAGCACUGAGAAAUUGUUCUUUUGAAGAUGACAACAUCCAUUCUUUAUUAAAGCCUUUAGAACUGGAACUACAAAAGACAGUGCAUACAUACUGUGGAAAAAUUUACAAAAUAUUUAUCAAACAGCUGACGAAAAGCAUACAAGAUCGUUAUGAUAGACCACCAAAGGAAAGGUGAUUCUUGGUGACCGCUAGAUCAAAUGAAUUAAAACAACAAAAUAUCAGAGGAUGUGUGUGAAGGAAUAGUCUUAGAUGAAGUGUUCAGGAAAGAAUUAUUCAUCUUCAGAAUAAUUUUUUUCCCGAAGAAGUUUAAUGAGCAGUAUUUUCAUGUAAUGAAGAAUAAGUUGAAGUCUUGGACCCCAACAAGAAGAUAUUUUUGAUUUCUGAUGUUUUGUAAUGCUAUUUGCUAUCAUUCUAGUAUUGAUGAAGAUAUUAUUGAAUGGUUAUAGCCUACAGACUUUGUUUGACUCUUACUCUCAAGUGGGUAAGAGCAGUAGGGAUGUAUGGUUGGAGAAAAAUGUACCUCAUACACAGUGGAAACACUCAAACUGUGAGUAUAGCAAUAAUUUUAUGUCAGCACUAACCUCACUUUAAAUGUGUGAGAAAAGAAAGUUGUUUACAGGAGCAGAAAAUGUUCUGUUUCUAAAGAAAUGGGAUGUAACUGAUGUCACUAUCGACAAUCUGUGUGUGCCUUUAUACAUUUCAUCUCUGUUUUAAAAUAUUUUUGUGACAAUCAUGCUUAAAAUUAUUAUUAGUUUAUAAGUAAACUGCACAUUUAAAAUUGAGAGGGAAGACUGAAAGUUUUGAUUAUUAGUCUCUGUGUGUAUUUGUGAAACGUAGAAUUUUCAUUUGUAUGUGCUUAACUGUCUUGCCAAAAGUCAUAUCUAAGAUUAUUAAUUAGGUAUUUUAGGAAAUUUUUUAUCACUUUAAAUGAAAAUUUUCAGCUUUACUGGGCAUUCUGGACACAAUAAAUAUACUGAUAAUAAAAUGA